AUGGACCAUGACGGAAAGGCCGUUUUCGAAGCAGCCGCAGGAAAUGGAGCUUCGACAAGUCACAGCAGCCCUGUACUGCAACCUCCAGAUGCGCGGAAGCCUUCGCGGACGAGCACAGCCAGUACGGCCAUUUGUAAAGAUGAGGAGAGCAGCCUUCGCAACAACAUCAAGCCGCUAAUAGUGAAAAGCCAUACGACGACUUCUAUCCCCAAAUCACCCUCAGUGGCAGCCUCACCUUCGUUACCGCAACUCCCAUUGAAACUCUCAACGGGCAUCGGGACUAAUAAUCAGCCCCAGGCACUAAUCGACCCGCUAUCUGAGCAUAUCCUUCAACGAACGAAUACAGAUAAAUCAAAUCCCCCCAGAUUACGACCUUACACAAAAUCCGACGCCCAACCGGGUGGAUCGGAAUACCAGCGGCCCUUUAUCCAAGAAGACUUUUCUCCAGGAUGGGGAACAAAUCUGUCUCUGAAAAAUUCGAAAGACAAGAAGAAGGGCGUUUCAUUCUUGAGCCGUAUCAUCGGCAGUAAGAAAAAAACAGGCCCCCCUGAAUGGAAAGACGAUGUCUCUGAAACCGGCGAGAUCCGUGCCACUGGUAUGGAUGCCGAGGUAUUUGCCCAGCCGAUAGGGUUUAUCCCUCGAUAUCCUCCACCACCGAAAUAUAUCAAAGUCCGUUCGCGUCAUAAGAAGGAUAAAGAUUUUAAUCGCCUAUUUAUCGCUCAAGAGCUCUAUAGUACAUAUCCUUCGGCCAAGAGCCAGCACCAAGAAGACAAGGAUAGUUCGGCCGGUUCAGACGAUACUCCGUCGACUGGGAAGGCAAUAUGGGCACUUGAGUUUUCUAAGGAUGGAAAAUUCUUCGCUGCAGCUGGGCAGGAUAAAAAAGUUCGAAUAUGGGCUGUCAUUGCAACGCGUGAGGAUCGUCAGGCGCAUGAGAUCGAAGAAGAAGCCCAAAAUGACAAACCAUUCAUACGGCUAAGGGCUCCCGUGUUUAAGUCACAACCUGUGCGGGAAUACGAAGGCCACUCUGCGAGCAUCGUUGAUUUGACUUGGAGCAAGAAUAAUUUCUUGCUGUCCACCUCGAUGGAUAAAACAGUCAGAUUGUGGCAUGUUACGAGAAACGAAUGUCUUUGUUGUUUUAAUCACAGCGACUUUGUCACGUCUGUGCAAUUUCAUCCCCAAGACGACCGCUUUUUCCUCGCUGGGUCUCUGGAUACAAAACUGCGGCUAUGGAGCAUACCAGACAAGAGCGUAGCUUUUGUGGCUACCCUGCCGUAUAUGAUAACUUCGGUUGCUUUUACCCCUGACGGGAAGCACUCUAUUGCCGGCUGCCUGAAUGGACUCUGCCUCAUCUUUGAAACUGACGGCUUGAAUAUACAGUCCCAAAUCCAUGUGAGAUCAGCGCGUGGCCGUAAUGCCAAGGGAAGUAAAAUAACCGGCAUUGACGCGAUCUCACUGCCACCCAAUGACCCAAACGGCUCAGUGAAGCUCCUCAUCACGAGCAACGACUCACGAAUCCGUCUAUACAAUUUCAGGUAUCGCACACUGGAGGCUAAAUUUCGAGGAAAUGAAAACCAUACCAGUCAAAUUCGGGCUACAUUUAGCAGCGAUGGCAAAUAUGUUAUCUGUGGAAGCGAGGAUAGAAAGGUGUAUAUAUGGCCUAUCUCUUCGCCAGAAAGGGAUCCGGAGAAGCGCGCUGUUGAGAUCUUCGAGUCACAUUCCUCUAUCGUCACGAGCGCAAUUAUGGCUCCGGCCAAAUCUAAACAGUUGCUUGGAACUUCCGGUGACCUCCUUUAUGAUCUUUGCAACCCACCCCCCGUUACUCUUGUCAGCCAAGCGGUGUCCGUGACGUCUAAACCCGUAACCGAUGCAGCUGGGUCUCGGGAAGAGUCGAUGGCGCCAACUCCCAGAAGUUCCACAUUUCCGCUUAGCCGGAAAGCAGACGAACUGCAGGCACCCUCAACAAAAUUCGCUCACCCGUGCGGAAACAUUAUCAUCGCUGCGGAUGCUAAAGGCACCAUUAAAGCCUUUCGACAGGAUUGUGGAUACCACAAGUUGCGUAGUGAUGUUUGGGAUACUGGCUUCUCCCGAAGGAUUCUUGGCCGAAAUAACUCGGUCUCUACGCGCCACAGUAUUUCUUCGUCAAUUGGGAAAGACUCCUCCCAUAAAACCCCUUCUGAGCGCAUAUUAUCGUGGCGAAAUGCAGUAAUGCGCACAGAGAACUCAAGCGUCGACAACCUUCGCUCUAGCCUUUCCAUGACUCGGAGCGUCUCGCCCAGCAAGUUCCCCGCAAGGCAAAAUGAUAAACCUCAGCAGGGCCACCUCCCAAUAGCUUCCGACUUAGCGGGGGAGCCGUCUAGACGUUCGUUCACCCCUACCUUUUCAUUGAAACAGCGUUCCAUUAUAGACAGCCCCUUUUCCGGUGCAGCACCGUCUGAAUAUAUUCCACAGCCAGAACCACAUACCAAAAAUAAGCAUCGCCGCAACGAGCAUCUCGCAGCAGCAGCAGCAGCAGCAGCAACAGCCACAAACUCGCACAACAACCUCUUGCUCUCGGGCAAUCAGAGCUACAUGUACUGGAAUAAGGAUACAUUCGCCUCCCAAGCGUCAGGAAGCUUGCGACCUGUUGACUCACUUGAGCACGAUGAGGGACAUCCGUUCUCAAAACAGGUGAGUAGGGUGAGCACAUUGAGCAGCGAUAUCGUUUCCACGUCAGAGGAGGAGGGGCAGGAGGAGGAAAAAUAUUAUGACGUUCAUGAUUACAGUGAUGGAUAUAGCAAUGAAAAUGAAGAAACAGAAGAAGAGGAGGAGGAGGAGGAAGACAGUGGUGGUGAUGAUGAUGAUGAUGACGAUGAUGAAAAUGAUGGGGAAAGUCUCAUCUGUUCGCGAUGUCAGGGGGCGAAUUUCCGCGCGAUGCGGAUGAAAAGUGGGGAUCCGAAGUUGAUCUGUGUCGAGUGUAGAUUUCCCGCGCCAUGA